UUCAUUGUUCAGUUCGUUCAAACUUUUCCAGGGACGGCCUUGGCGGCUUCUAUGCCAACUUAUCUCUCUCUCUCUCUCCUUCCUUGUUCAUAUAAUAUUCAAAUCUAACGUAUUUUUGUUCUGGAUUCAGCUGGAAAUUGAGAAAUUAUUGAGUUGAUUACGGUAAUCUCUCUCGCAAUUCAUCGUGGUUCAUGCAACUAUUGAUUAUACAUGGUUUUUCCCCUGGGUUCAGCGGGAAAUGAGUAUUGGCAUGUGUUCAAUUGAUUAUGGUCCUUCAAUCUCAAAGGACUGCUAUUUCAGAUCUGAUGAAGAGCUUGAAGGGUUAAAAUAAUAGAUUGGUUUGUAUAAAUUCAAAAUUUUGAAUUUAAGAUAAUUGAGGAGGAUUUGGGAAUCAUGCUAUCUACUCAGAAAUGGAAAUGCUCAUGGUCCCUGGUGGCAUCCAUAGCUUCAAUCGUGGCAUUAGUUUCAGUGGUUCAUCUGUUCCUGUUUCCUGUGGUGCCAUCUUUAGAUUACUUCAGUGCAAGGCAAUUUCAGAACUCCUGUGUCCCAAUUAAUGGGUCAAUUGAAGGAGGCAAAGACAAUGUCCCAUUGAAUCAAUCAAUUGAAGGAAGCAGGGACAAGGCUGUGCAAAAUCCACAGCAAGUGCUUGAUUUAAAUGUUCAGUUUCCGGCUGACUUACACAAUGCGGUGGUUUACCGUGGCGCUCCAUGGAAGACUGAGAUUGGCCGGUGGUUGUCCGGUUGUAACUCAAAUACUACGGCAGUCAAAAUUGUUGAGAAAAUUGGUGGCCAGAGAUGCAAAAGCGACUGUAGUGGUCAAGGCGUUUGUAAUCGUGAACUGGGACAGUGUCGCUGCUUUCAUGGAUUCAGUGGGGAAGGAUGUUCUGAAAGAUUGCAGUUAAAUUGCAAUUUCCCAGUAUCAGAAGCUCAGCCAUAUGGGCGAUGGGUUGUCUCAAUUUGCGCUGCUUCUUGUGACACAACUAGAGCAAUGUGCUUCUGUGGUGAAGGCACAAGAUACCCAAAUCGCCCUGUUGCUGAAGCAUGUGGGUUUAAAGUGAACUUGCCUUCUGAACCUGGUGGUCCUGCCCUAACUAACUGGACAAAAGCUGACCUGGAUAAUGUUUUCACAACAAAUGGUAGCAAACCAGGAUGGUGUAACGUGGAUCCGGUGGAAGCCUAUGCUUCAAAGGUGCAUUUUAAAGAGGAAUGUGAUUGCAAGUAUGAUGGUCUGUGGGGAAGAUUUUGUGAGGUGCCUGUGCUAUGCACUUGUAUCAAUCAAUGUUCCAGCAAUGGGCAUUGCCGUGGUGGAUUUUGUCAGUGUAAUACCGGCUGGUACGGGGCAGAUUGCAGUAUUCCAUCUGUUUUAUCAUCCAUUACAGAAUGGCCCCAAUGGCUUCGACCAGCUCAGGUAAGUGUUCCUGAAAAUGCACGUGUCACGGAGAAUCCUCUCUAUCUCGAUGCUGUGGCGGAAAAGAAAAGACCCCUCAUCUAUGUUUAUGAUUUGCCACCAGAGUUUAACAGUCUACUCCUGGAGGGACGGCAUUAUAAGCUUGAGUGUGUAAACAGAAUCUAUGAUGACAGGAAUGCUACAAUAUGGACAGAUCAGCUGUAUGGUGCACAGAUGGCUAUCUAUGAAAGUAUAUUAGCUAGCCCUUAUCGAACAUUAAAUGGUGAAGAAGCUGAUUAUUUCUUCGUUCCAGUUCUUGAUUCGUGCAUUAUAACUCGUGCUGAUGAUGCCCCCCACUUGAGCAUGCAGGAUCACCAGGGCUUGAGGAGCUCUCUAACUCUAGAAUUCUAUAAGAAGGCACAUGAUCAUAUUGUUGAGCAAUAUCCAUUCUGGAAUCGCACAUCAGGAAGAGAUCACAUUUGGUUUUUCUCAUGGGAUGAAGGUGCUUGCUAUGCCCCAAAGGAGAUAUGGAACAGCAUGAUGUUGGUUCACUGGGGUAAUACAAAUUCAAAGUAUAACCAUUCGACAACAGCAUACUGGGCUGACAACUGGGAUCGAAUCUCUUCUGACAGGAGGGGCAACCAUCCGUGCUUUGACCCUGAUAAAGAUCUUUUACUUCCUGCAUGGAAGCGUCCUGAAGAAAAUUCCCUGAGCUCUUACCUUUGGGCUAGGCCUCGUGGGAAGCGGAAGAUACUUUUCUACUUUAAUGGAAAUUUAGGCCCAGCUUACGAAAAAGGAAGACCAGAAGCUACGUAUAGCAUGGGUAUCAGGCAGAAAGUGGCAGAAGAGUUUGGAUCUAGCCCUGAUAAGGAAGGGAAGCUUGGGAAACAACAUGCAGAAGAUGUGAUUGUGACCCCACUUCGCUCAGACAAUUAUCACGAGGAUUUGGCAAGUUCUAUUUUCUGCGGAGUUAUGCCUGGAGAUGGAUGGAGUGGCCGAAUGGAAGAUAGUAUUUUACAAGGGUGCAUACCUGUGGUCAUUCAGGAUGGAAUUUUCCUGCCAUAUGAGAAUGUGCUCAUCUAUGAAAGUUUUGCUGUUCGGAUUCAUGAAGAUGAAAUACCAAACAUGAUAAACAUCCUCCGGGGAAUCAAUGAAACAGAGAUACAGUUCAUGUUGGAAAAUGUACAAAAGAUCUGGCAGAGAUUCUUGUAUCGUAAUUCUAUUUUGCUCGAGGCUGAGAGACAGAAAACUGCAUUUGCGCAUGUGGAGGAUUGGGCUGUAAAGGUUUUAAAACUCAGAGAAGAUGAUGUUUUUGCCACAUUCAUACAGGUUUUGCACUACAAGUUACACAAUGAUCCUUGGAGACAGCAGCUUGCUCAUGUGGAAAAGCAGUUUGGAGUACCUAGAGAAUGCUUGAUAAAAACACAGUAAAGACCUGUACAAAAACAUCGAAGUAAUUUGAUAGAAAUACAGCAACAGGAGAGCUCUUGUGGUGGCAAGAAUUGCCCAACCGCCGGCUGUCUGUGUGAUGGAAUUCUGAUUGAAGAAGCUACUUCAUAACUUGCCAGAGAUCUCCAUUAGCGACACAGCUACACCUAAAGCCAAAUAUUUAAUGAUUGUAUCAUUUCUAGCCAAUUUUCCGAGCCAUAUACAAAUUUUUUCCUGUUUUCUCAUUUUUUCUUGGAUGCGAUAUGUAUAAUUUUUAUGCUUUUUUGCUUACUCUUUUGGUGAAAAGAUGAACAUGAGGCACCAAUACCUUAAUUUACUUUAUUUUA